AUGUUUCAACAACAUAUUCCACGACAACAGCAACCUCAAUUACGAAUAAUUAACACCUUUCAAUAUCUAGAGAGUGGAGCUCAUCCACCACUUAGACAAGAUCUGGAUUAUUCCAUAUAUUGUCCUUAUUUAUUGCGAACUUAUGACAUUUCAGAUCUUUCUUCAUUGCAAAGCACAAAAGCGAAAAUUGAUGUCGUGUCAAGAUAUCGCAAUUUCGAUGUAGAUUCUAUAUUAAAGGAAAUGAAAAAGGGACUGAAACUACGAAACUUGAUUAAAGACCAUGAUCUAGUAGUAGGAACGAACCAAGAUAUUAAUGUUGGCAAUUCUUCAAUGAAUAAAACAGCAGAGGAAAAAUAUGUAAAACAAUUACUCGAAUUAAUUGAAAUUGUGGUGGGAUUUAUACGUCCUACGUAUUCUUCAAAGUCAUUCACACAUCAACGAUAUUCGACAUUAAAUUCAAAUGAUCUAGAGUAUUUUCUACCUGUCGCGUUAUUUGAGUGGGAUAUAUUUGACGAGAUCGAUGCUGAUGCUAAUAUCAAAGAGAUUGAUUUAAAAGAAAUUGUGCAAGCCCUAACGUUAUAUUCAAAUGGAAAUAAUCUGAUCAAAAUUCUUGUAGCGAACAAUCCACCUAUUUUUAUGGAGGUUGUUAAUAUCUUAAUUGAAGCAUAUAAACAUCGAAUUCCAUCCGACGUGAAAUCACGCAUUCAAGAAACAUUAUUCGCAUUAUGUGAAUUGGGACCGCAUCAUUCACCAAGUGUACGCACCAAUCUUGCCAAGCAUAAUAUUUUGGCUGGAUUGGCUGUAAGGAUCACUUUAAAAUUCUGCAGCGAUCUGGUGACCUUUAUUGAUGGUGUCCUGAUUACAAAGCCAGCCUGGUUAAUUGCUCAAUUAAUACCGCAAACUCAAGUGAUGAAUCAGCUUCAAAGUCGAAUUAUGGAGACAUUGGAAAACAAAUUGAACCAAAGACCUCGGCUAACUCAAACAGAUUUAUCAAUCUUGUUACGUGUUAUCUGUGGAUUUGCUAGCGUUUUAAAUAUUCAUUAUAAAUUACCAGAAUUACAGCUAUGCUUGAAAGUAGUGACAAUUGCAACUUCAGAGAGACUGGUGAAACUUUGUUUAUGCUUUAUACUGAUUUGCUCAGAAAUGCUAUUUAAUCAUGGACUGAAAAAUAGUGUUGAACAAGCUCUUCAGUAUCUAAGUAAAUCCGAGCACUUUCAUUUAUUUUUACUUUUUGCAGUAUGUUUCAAUAAGAGCCAAACAACCGAAAUUCGUGAGAUAUGCAAUGCUCUUUUGGGAAUGGAACAUUGUUUUACAAAUUAUCAUUUAACUAUCCACCACACAAAUCAAGCUUCCAAAGGAUUCGCGGAAUUACAAAAGAUUUUUAAACAUAACUUGAUUACUGACGAGUUUUUGGCAAAGAGGGCUUUAUUAUUGGAACCUUCAACUUUCUCGAAUUUGGGUAUACCCACAGAUCGUGAGUCAUUAUCGCUAUGGUGUUUUUACAAUCUACUCAAAGGAAAAGUAUUUCAUUAUAAUAAUGUGGACAUCCGAAAUUGGAUACAUCGACAAAUUCUUUAUGCUACUACCCCAAUUCACGAAAGUAUGGGGCCUCUGUUACAGAGAUACGCGGAAAGUAUCCUUGAAAGAGAUGAAAAAAAUCCAAGAAAUUGGAGUCCAAUUACAAAAAUCCCUGAGCAAAAUCUUGUCUCAUUAUUUCAAGAUGAAAUGCUCGAGAUAAAACCGGCGCACGUACUGAUGCUAAUGUAUGCCUUAUAUUUUAACAAUGGCGUACAUUCGUUUGUGCUAAAUAACCAUAAUAUUCAAAUUCCUAUUGAUCGACAAGCGUAUUCAACCAAUUCGAUGGAGAAUAUUCCUAUUCGUAGAAUUCUUAAUUAUGCAGAGACAUUUGAUAAGGGAAAGGCCUACCGUGAAAUAUACCCGGAAUUAUUGUCACUGGUUGCUUCUAAUUACCCCGAAACAUUUGAUAUUGCUAGUUUCCUUACCACCGAAGAUCGUUGGAAAACUAGAAUUUGGAAACGCUCAAAAGUCCAAAAAUUAGAUUAUCAGAAAGCUGUCGAUCACAAUAUUCAAGCUGUAAUGCCUCGAUGGUUAGACGAGCCAGAGGAAACUUUAGCAGUCUUUAACAAAUUGGAGUCAAUACCACCGUCCGAUUUAGCUUUGAGCUCACGCACGAUAAUAUCAAACGUUUUACCGAGAAUUCUUGAUCCACGUACGGAUGAACGUAUUGUGAAUUCAUUUACCAAAAUUUGGGAUAUUCUUAAUUGCGUAAACCAAAAUGAGCUUGCGUCUUUAACCAUUAAUGCAUUACGAAGUGGGACCGAAGAAGGGGAAAUUGAAAUGGAGGAAUUUUCUCAAUCGGUGUUUUUGCUUAAUCCUAUUGCAAUAUUGAAUCUUGAACCACAAGUGUUUAGAUGUCCUCCCAUAUAUCGUAUCGUAUUACAGAUUAUAACUUUUUAUCUGAUAGGUUCUCGCCAUCGAUUUCAUAAAGAAUACUUAUUCGGAAAUCCGCAUUUUAAAAAUACAUUUACAGAAAAGAAUUUCGAAACUUUCCUCGAUUUGCAAGAUUGUACAAUCAUUCUUAUGUUAUUACGUGGAUGCUUGUUCAAUCCCAUAGAAGAUUCACAGAAAAUGGGCGUAUUAGAUGAAAUUCGCACAUUGACUUGCAAUUUUCUUCAUCAGGUUUUCAUUGAAAACUCUAAACUGCAGAAACUGGUCAUCUAUCAAGGUUUCGAACACGAAUUAGUACCCAUUAUAGUUGAUCGCGUUGAAUCUAUGCAUCCAUCACCUUUUAAGGUUCUUCAAAAAGAUUCAUCUGAGUUGCGUAAUCAGUUGUCAGAGAAUAUUCAAAAGUUGUAUGAAGAGCUUAAAUCGACGCGGAUUGAGGACAAUAUGGAAAUUGAUAGUUAA